AAGCGCUUCGUGAUGGCAAAAAUCAAACACAAAGGCAGGCGGACAAGCGGUUAUCAUUUUUGCACAUGGAGCCUGGUAACAAAAGUAUAACUAUCACACCCGUCGUUUAUUUGCUCCUCACAUUCUUUCAUUCAGUAUCCGGGUAUGCGUUGUACAGGGAAGUAGAAGCAGAACAAUUUUUAAAUUUAGCAGCAGCAGCAUAUGCGGACGCCAGCAAUGUAACAGCUCGUCAGUCAUGUCUAGAUUAUGCAUUUCCUACUGAUGAGUUUCAUGUUUUAAUGGUUAUGUCAACGCCGUGUGAUAGGCGUGGUAAUCAAUGUCAAGCAUUCAUUGCAAUUUCGGAUUCAACAAAUCAAGUAAUUAUUUCCUUCCGAGGCACCAAUAGUGGUGGACAGCUAUUAUCCGAGUUCGGUGUUGGUUUGGAAGACUAUGCUGCUUAUACGGAAAUUGACGGUUCAAAUAACACUGUGUCAGUUGGGCACGUAAAUGUGUACUUCUUGGAUGCGAUGAACCAAAUGUGGGAGGAUAUGGUGCAGCCCAGUAUAAAAAAUCGACAGAAUUACACAUUUCUCAUCACCGGGCACUCCCUUGGAGGUGCAAUGGCAACACUAACAGCUUUUCGAAUUGCCUUUCGACAGUUUUCAAGCAGAAUAAAAGUGCACACUUUCGGCGAACCUCGCGUUGGAGAUACCGUUUUUGCGAGUUAUUUUACGGAUAUGGUUCCAUAUGCCUUUCGAGUUGUUCAUAAUACUGACCCGAUUCCUCAUCUUCCACCAUUAAAUGUGGCAAAUGAAGCCGGGCCGGGAAUGCCGUAUCAUCAUCCGAGAGAAAUAUGGUACAACGACGAUUUUUCAAAUUAUGUCAUGUGCAGCGAUGUGAAUGGGGAGGACUGGAGUUGCAGUGACAAAAAACGAUUUUGGAAUUAUGGUAGUAAGGGAGCCUACCGUCAUACCCAUUACUUCAAUCACUUUGUUUCCGAGUACGGCGCUCUUGGAUGCAAUUCCACGCCACACAAACAAACGAUAUUGCUUUCAAUUUUUGUGCCAAUCUUUGCCAUUUUCUCAUUCUACUUGUAGUUUGAUUUAUUUUCACCUAUUAAAGGUGGUGCAUUCGAUUUUUUUAUUGCUUCAUUAGAUUCAAAAUUGUCUGAAAACACGGAAUAUCAUAAUGAAACUUCUUGAAAACUUUUCAAAAAAAAAGUUAUAACGGCUUCGAAACUGGCCUAGAUUUAGUUAAAAUUUGAAAUUUGACCGACUUGUCAUUGUCAUCUCUUUUGUCCAUCAACUAUAAAAUACCUAAAUGAAGUUGAAAACACAAGAUAAUUGCACUGCAUGCCCAAAAUUUGAAGAUGAUUUCAAAAAAAAAUAGUUCCAGCUGCUGCGACAUUGACAAGUCGGUCAAAUUUUAAAUUUUAACUAAUUUUAGACCAUUUAUUUUGAGCCGUCAUAACUUUUUUUUGAAAUGUUGUCAAGAAGUUUCAUUAUGAAAUUCGGCGUUUUCAGAGAAUUUUAAUUCUAAUAAAGCAAUGAAAAAAUUUGACUACACCACCUUUAAACUGUUUGAAUAAAAGGAAAAAUACAUUAAUUUUCAAUUUUCCUUAUA